CUGGGAACCAUAAGUAGGGCUGUAUUUUGGGACCGAAGCGAUCUGUUAGGAUGACAAGCAAUGAAAGGCUCUGUUCAUCCUAAAGGUUGCAGAGCCCUGGAGGUGCUCGAGCCACAGACGCUUCUCGCGCUCAACGACUCUCCAACGAUGGCGGCGACGUUGACGCAGUUAUCUCCAGUUAAUGCUACGUCUCUGUGCAUCUAUAUCCUCAUUUUCUCACAGGUUGCUGCGGGGAUUACCUGCAAGCCUGGACCGACCUAUGGAGCAAUUCUACGGACUUUUACAACAAGUCCUGCAUGCCGGGAAUCCUUUGAACAUGAUACAGUGGUGACCUACUCACAGCUCAAGACAAUGUUGGCCACCGGCGACAUUCAGCUGUUUGAUGUGAGGAGUCCCGCUGAGUUCGAGGAUGGACAUAUCCCAACUGCUGUCAACAUCCCAUUGGACAACCUUGAAGAGUCUCUAAAGCUGUCCCCAGAGGAAUUUGAGCAGAUGUUUGGAGUGAAGGCUCCUGGGAAAAGCGACACCAACAUUGUGUUUCAGUGCAGAAGUGGAAACAGGAGUGCCAAAGCACUGGACAUUGCCUGCCUGCUGGGAUUUAACAGGGCGAGACAUUAUAAAGGAGGGUACAUCGAGUGGAUAGAGCGAGAAGAAAAGUCACUCUGAAUUGUGCAGUUUAUUUAUUGUCCCCCUUUAAUAUCACAGCAGAAUAGAACAUAUACGCAGAAUAUAUUCCUUCAGCAAUGUUAAGUUACUGUUAUCUGUACCAGAUUUAUGGGUUGAAUUUACACUGGCGGUUACUCUUUAAGUUAAAAACUUAAAUUAGUAUUACUUAAUGCGUAGAUACUACUUAUGUGAUGUACUUGAUUUGAUUUGUCACAGUUUUUAACUUGUCAUUUUGUGUGGUUAUUGAUUCCAGAAUGUAUGAGAAAAUAAUGUCAAACAGUUAUAUCAUAAUUUCCCUUUUCCUUCCAACACAUUUUCUGGCAAAAUUGAAAUUACAAAUGCAGCUGCAAUGGUUAGAAUAAUAACAAGAAAAGUUUUUGUAUUGUCAAGGUGUUUACAAGUUACAAAUACAUAUAUACAAGUUUAUUUUGCCCAUCAGCAGCUCACUCACAAUCAAGCAUAAUCAUCAAAUGAAUCAUAUUUUCAAAUCUGCAGAACAGGAACUGUUUCUUAUUCCGAACUGUGCACUAAAUUUGUAACAUGAUGUGUUUCAUUUUUUCUCUGGCCUAAAUGGAGAAAAGCAUAUAAUAUUAAUAAAAUACUUUCUCUUUUUUAUUUUUAAA